AUUCAUUUCAAACUUUAUUACCAUCUUAUUAAUUGUAAUUUUCUACUGAGAAAGGACAUCUUGUAGACUGGAUUGUGCGCCUUGCUGAAAACAAUAGAACAUUGGUAAACCUAAACCAUAAUAAAAAAAACGAUUUAAUUCAGCCGAACAAUAUGGAAACAAAAAAGACUAACUUAGAAGAUUCGUCGAAACAACGAAAACUUAAUGAAAUACUAAAUGAAUUGAACAACAUUGAACAAUAUUGUAUGGACCAAAAUCUGACUUUAGAUGAAAUGAAAGUUAUUUUCGAGCCAUUAAAAGAUUUAAUUUCUGUCAAAACUGUUUUUUCUCGAAAACUGUUUGUUUCCUGUUUAUUCGCAUUAAUUUUUGGUUUAAUUGUCGCAGCCUACAAUUUUGAAUGUGUAUCAUGGUUCUUCAUGGUAAUCCUACGAUUAUUUUUGAUCGGUAUUCUGCCAAUAUUUGACUGGACUCCAUUUGCCAGAAAUCAAUGUAUACUUAUAAAACCUGAGAUAAUCCCAGAAACUAAUUUAACGAAUCCUUUAAACUGUGACGUUUGUGAAUCGCUUUACAAUGUUACAAUUUUAUCUGACUCGCAAUUAAAUUUAAUCGAACGGCGAUAUUUUUCGAUUUAUGAACCAUUUAUUCUACCAUUCGAAACCAUGAUCGAUGGUUCAAAUUUUUCACAAAACUUAUUCGACGAUGCGUAUUUAAUGAGUAGUGUUCCUUGCGAUUUGGGAACAAAUUUAUUUAAAACAAAAAAAGUCUCAGUUGAAAUGUUGUACGAACAUGCAAAUAAUGGCAUCUUCCAAAAUUGGUUUGUACAUUUUCGAAAUUGUGACACACAAUCGAUUAAAUACGUUCGAUAUUUAUUACAAUCGUUAAAUACUUUUAAAAGUAUGUACCGUACAAAUUCGAAUUGGAUUCUAUUCAGUCAAAAAUAUCUUACGGAGUCAUUUAAGAUUUUGGAUAUUGAGUAUGGUAAUUUGAUAAUUUUUACUCAAAUUCAAGGAGGUAACUUUAUUGAGUUGACUCCAAUUAAUGAAUGUUCAAUUUGUCAUACGUUAAAAUUGUAUUUACCAGAACAAAAUUCUUUGAUAUUUAUAUCGAAUUUAUGGAAAUUGUCAUACAAACCGGAUCCAAAUAGUUUGAAUAGUCUGGCUAUCAUUGAGGAAAUGUUUUGGGAUGAUUAA